CUCAAACACCCGUUUUGUUUAUUUCGCAUGGAGGCCCCAAUUUAUUGGAGAACCAAGAUAAACCAGGACAAUUCUAUGCUUGGCUUGGAAACUAUAUUCAGGACACAUUGAAGCCUAAAGCCAUUGUCAUUAUGAGUGCACAUUGGCAAGCAGAAGGAGAGAACACUAUUUAUGUGGAUGCAAGCAAGUCGCCCAAAUUAAUCUAUGAUUUUUAUAAUUUUCCUCAACGCUUUUAUGAGCAGACAUGGGAUCAACAGGGUUCACCUGCAUUAGCAGAUAAAGUGAUUCAUCUCUUAAAAGAAGCUGGUAUUCAUGCUGAACAAAAAGAAUAUGGCAAUGAUCAUGGUGUUUGGGUUCCACUUAAACGGGCCAUGUCUUCAAACAAGUAUAUUCCUAUUAUCGAAAUAUCUACUUUUUAUCAUGAAGAUUUAUCUUUACAUGUGAAAGUAGGAGAAGCCUUGUCGUCUCUUCGUGAAGAAGAUGUAUUGAUCAUUGGUAGCGGAAGUGCAGUACAUAAUCUUCAAGGUUGGAGAGAUUAUGGUGACAAAUUAUCGCCUGAUUAUGUGGUUGAUUUUGAUAAACGGAUGGAAUCCAUAGCGACUCACUCAAAGGGUAAAGAACGUAUAGAGGCUGCCGUCAAAUUAGAUCAACAUCCUCACUAUCGAGACUGUCAUCCUACAGCAGAACAUUUAGUUCCUUUUCAUACUGCUCUAGGUGCUGCUGGAGAUGAUCAAGGCACCAAACUAUUAGAACACUAUACAGCCAGAUUAAGUUGGGGUAGUUACAUAUUUGGUUCUUUUAAACACAUCAAUCAGAGGGAAUAAA